AUGGGCGAGAACGGCACAAAUUUGCUUCAGCAGAAGGUGACUGAACGAGCCCGUGAGCAGAGAGGGGCACGCGAUGCAGCAUUGUGGAACAAGUUCCACAAACUGCCUGAUCCACCGUCAUCCAGAGGCAGCACACUGGUACACAACCUGUCCUCAAAGGAACUGACGAAGAAGCAAGUACAGGUUUUACGCCACGAAGCCUCAUUCAACACAACUGACGCCAAACCUGUCAACAUGAUUGCAACAGUGGAAUCGGUCAUUUAUCAGACGGAAGCGGCGGAGGAGACGAAGAAACUUAUCUGA